AACAACUUGCUUAUCUUAAUCAAAAUAGCAGUGCAUAUUCAAGGCCUUUGGUUUCCUCAAGGUGCCAAGAAAGAGGGAGCUGCUGGCUUCUUUAAAGGAAUUGGAAAAGGACUUGUGGGUGCUGUGGCUCGUCCAACUGGCGGAAUCAUAGACAUGGCCAGCAGCACCUUCCAAGGCAUUCAGAGGGCAGCAGAAUCAACUGAGGAAGUAUCUAGCCUCCGUCCACCUCGUCUGAUCCAUGAAGAUGGCAUCAUCCGCCCAUAUGACAGGCAGGAAUCUGAGGGCUCUGAUUUACUAGAGGUAAAUUUUGUUCUUUAUGGUCCUGCGUGAAAUUUUAAAGAUUCUAAGACCAAUAUUUCAUGAGUGGUUCUUAAAGUACCUGAUUCAUGAAUUUCUUUGAAGGAUUAUCCAUGAUUUAUAGAGUUUAUUUGUUUUAUAUUUUAUCAUAGCAUGUUAAGUGGAAAUAACUAGAAACUUGUUUUUCUGCACAGGAGCAAAAUAUUCUGUGCAGAAAAGACUAUCUGGAAAUGAGCUGUAGACUGUGUUGCUAUUUCUGUGGUGGUUUGUUUAGUUAAUAUGGUUAGUUUUUGACUUCUUGCUUUGUGGCUAAUUAUUGCAAUUUCACUGUUCCCUUUGCUCUGGACCAAAUGAAUAGAUUUAUUCAGG